AUGGUAUACACGCAGAUGCUCUUUGCGCUGCUGUAUGACAAGUUGGUAUUCAACGCGACGCCGUCGCCGGUUAGUUGGGCUGGGUCGGCGAUUAUUUUGGCCAGUGCGAUUUACGUUGCGUUGGUGAAGGAGCGGGGGAAGGAGAAGGACGGCAGUGGUGGGGGUGCUAUUGAGGCUCAGGGUGAGGGAGAAGGAUCCAAGCAUACGCGAUCCCGGAACGCGGAGGAUGUACGGCUGGCAGAGGCAGAGGCAGAGGCAGAGGUAGAGGAGGGAAGGGGACUUUUGGCUGAUUACGAUGAUGAUGACGAUGAUGAUGAUGAUUAUGAUGAUUACGACUUUGACAAUGAUAAUGUUGGUGGUGGGAAUGGGAAUGGGAAUGGGCGCUGA